AUGGUCGCAACCGAGCAAGCUUUCUUAAAAGCGAAGUUGUUUGGGCAGCCUUACAUUCCGACUGACUUCAAGCAAUUGGUAUUCGUCACAGAUAUUCAAUUGAGACGCCUUUCCAUCUAUGCGAAAAGCAAGUUCCUCGAGCAUUACCUUGAUGAUUCUAGCCAACCAUGGGGUUACUUUGCAUUACUAAGGGAUAUAGUAUUCGUAUUUUGGGUCUAUAGUUUCUUAUACAGAGUCCUUCUCAAUCUUUACGGCUACGGGUUGUUCGGUUGUUUCAAAAAGAUAAAGCAUUCGAUCUCCAAAUGGUUCUUUGGUAUUGUGAUGUCGCUCCCUCCAAUCAAAGCAAAAGUUGACAGGGAAUUGCAAACCACUGCGGUGAAAAUGGAAGAGAUGAUUAUCAAGAAUGACGACUCAUUGCUCCAGUUUCCGGAAUUACCGAAAGUGGGAAUGCACAAGGAUGUGGUGAUCCAAGAAGUGUCUCUCACCGAGAAAACUUUGGCUCAGGAUGAUUGGCACGAUGGUAAAUACACCGGAGGCGUGUAUCAUGGAGGAGACGAAUUGCUUAAGUUGCAGGCUAAGGCUUAUGAGAUUUACAGUGUCGCUAACCAGCUUCACCCAGACAUCUUCCCAGGAAUCAGAAAGAUGGAGGCUGAAGUUGUGUCUAUGAUAUUAAAAAUUUUCAACGCCCCAGACACAGGUUGUGGGUGCUCAACUUCUGGAGGCACUGAGUCUCUUUUGCUCACAGGGUUGGCUGCUAGAGAAUUUGGACGCAGAAGGAAGGGCAUCAAGAAUCCUGAAGUGAUUGCACCCAUAACCGUGCAUGCUGGUAUCGAUAAGGCAUGUUACUAUUUUGGCAUGAAGCUUCAUAAAGUUGAUGUGGAUCCCAAGACUUACCAGGUGGAUAUCAAGAAAGUCAGGCGUUUGAUUAACAAAAACACUGUCUUGCUAGUUGGUUCCGCACCAAACUAUCCUCAUGGUAUCAUUGACGAUAUUGAGGCGUUAUCAGACUUGGCGAUCAAACACAACAUUCUUCUUCAUGUCGACGCUUGUCUAGGCUCCUUCCUUGUGACAUACCUCGAGAAGUCAGGAAUCCAUGGCGACACCAAACUCCCAAUGUUUGACUUUAGGCUACCAGGCGUGACGUCCAUCUCUUGCGAUACUCACAAGUAUGGCUUUGCGCCAAAAGGGUCCUCCGUUAUAUUGUACAGAAACCCAGAAAUCCGAAAGCAUCAAUACUACGUUGCUAGUGACUGGACUGGUGGGUUGUAUGGAUCGCCUACGCUUGCUGGAUCGAGACCAGGCGCAUUGAUGGCCGGUUGUUGGGCGACCUUGGUGUACAUUGGAGACCAUGGGUACACUGAAUCGUGCAAGGAGAUAGUUGGAGCUAGUCUAAAACUCAAAGAGUCUUUGAAAACCAAUGAAACCCUCUUGGAACACCUUGAAAUUCUCGGUGACCCAUUAGUGUCCGUGAUUGCUUUUAAGGCUAAGAACCCGAAUAAUGUGGAUAUCUAUUCAAUCGGAGACUUGCUUGGUAAACGUGGUUGGCAUUUCGCAACCUUACAAAAUCCACCAGCGUUGCAUUUUGCGUUUACGCGUCUCACUGUGCCUGUGGUGGAUGACUUGAUCGGUGACCUUAUUGACGUUGUGACAACGGUUGCAAAUUCCGAUACCAAGGCACCUCCAGGAGACACUGCUGCUAUGUACGGUGUAGCCGGGAAUGUUUCGACUGCAGGUGUAGCCGAUCGUCUAAUCGAAACAUUCCUCGACGCACUUUACAAGCUAUAA